AUGGAGCCGCCAGAAGUUGUCCCGAGUCCCGAAGAGCCGCACGUCCAUACCAUCUUCGAGACAUCCACCGGCACCUGGCAAUGGGUUGUCGCUGACCCCAUCACGAAGGACGCCGUCAUUAUCGAUCCAGUCUUGGACAGCCAACAAUACCACGCCGCCAUUUCGACCACUGCCGCCGACAGGAUCCUCGAACUGAUCCGCCAUUACCAGUACAGAUGUGUGCGAAUCCUCGAAACACAUACCGAACGCGCUCAACGGACCUCGUCAUGGUAUCUCAGGACCCAACUACGUGAUGAGAAGGGCCAAAUGCCGCGUAUCUGCACCGGCAAGAGUAUUUCCGGUGUCCAACGCAUGUUCGCUCGCCAGUAUCGCCAAAGCCCCGAAUGGAACAAGCACUUCGAAGGCGCAUUUCGAGACGGACAGAUCUUUCACAUCGGCCAUCUUAGCUGCCAGGUCCUCCAACUACGACCAGACUGCUUUGCUUUUGCAAUUGGCCACAAUGUCUUCAUUGGAGAAGUACCGCAAGAAGAUUCGAUGAAGCGUCUAGCAGGCUACACCGUGGGCUUCUACUGGCAUCCAGGUGGCGGAGACUCAUCACGGCCAACAACGUCUGCUACAACUGUCUCGGAAUGGCCAAACUCACGGCCGUCAACGUCACUCUCUGUAGCGUCGCCGCAUUCAUACUCACCACUGGCAAACACGGCUUCGAAACGAUCGAAUCAGACUCCAACGAGACCGGCAAGUCAUAUUCACGAGAUGUCAGCUUGA